AUGACUUCGUCUCAAGAUGGGGUGGAAAAGCCAGCACUAGCGGAGCAGAAUGGCGGCGAAUCAACUCUCAGUCUGCGACCAGAAUCGCAGGCUAAUAUAUCUGGGAUGAAGUUGUUUCUGGUCAUGUUUAGUCUGACAUUGGCAGUAUUCCUUGUGCUGCUGGAUUCUUCCAUAGUCGCCACAGCCACUCCAAAAAUUACUGGCGAGUUCCAUUCACUAAACGACAUUGGAUGGUAUGGCACAUCGUAUCUUUUGGCAAACUGUGUAUUGCAGCCCCUUAGCGGAAAGAUCUAUACCUACUUUAAUGUCAAGUGGACUUUCUUAGUCUUCUUCGCAAUCUUCGAGUUGGGCUCUGCAAUAUGCGGGGCUGCAACUUCAUCCAAGAUGCUGAUUAUUGGUCGUGCGGUCGCUGGGCUAGGGUCUUCGGGACUUCUCAAUGGUGGCUAUACGAUCGUGGCUUUGAUUGUACCAGUUGCCAAGCAAGCCGGUCUACGGGGUAUUCUCAUGGGCCUUUCCUUCUUCGGCCUUUUGGCUGGGCCGCUUAUUGGUGGUGCCUUGACCGAGUAUACGACUUGGCGGUGGUGUUUCUACAUCAAUUUACCUUGCGGUGCCUUGAUCGCACUUUUUCUUCUGCUAGUGCCUAUUGUUGAUCUACGAGUCGUUGAUGAUGGAACCCAAACGAUCACACAAAUCUUUUGGAAAUUGGAUCCUAUUGGCUUUUUUCUUUUUACUCCAACCAUUAUAAUGUUCAUCCUAGCACUAGAGUGGGGUGGCACCGACUAUGCCUGGGGAAGUGCGAUCAUUAUUGGUCUAUUCUGCGGCUCGUUUGGCAAUCUUCUCGUCUUUGUGGCCUGGGAACGUCACGUAGGCGCUAAGGCCAUGAUUCCACUCUUUCUCGUCCGCCGCCGCGUCAUCUGGAGUAGCUGUCUCAACAUGGUUUGCUUCAUUGGAUGCACAUUUACCACAGCAUUCUAUUUCCCUGUUUACUUCCAGGCGGUACGAGAUGCUUCCCCUAUGCAGAGUGGUGUGGAUAUGCUACCCCAGAUCGUCACCAACAUGAUCGUUACCAUCAUCACGGGUGCUUUGAUCAAUCGUGUAGGGUACUACUUGCCUUUCGCUCUCGCUAGCGGCGUGUUCACCUCGGUCGGAACAGGUUUGAUCUCUACGUUGACGCCCACUUCAUCGACUGCAAGAAGGGUAGGCUUUCAAAUAAUUGCAGGUUUUCAGGGCCUGGGCUUUCAAAUCCCGAUUCUCGCAGUCCAAAACGGAGUACGCAGAGAGGAUGUUUCUGUCGCUACCGCACUCGUUGUUUUCUCACAGAACUUAAGUGGUGCAGUGUUUUUGUCUCUGGCUAAAGUGAUAUUUGGCGAAGAACUACGGUACUUCCUAUCUCUUUACGCCCCAACUGCCAACUCGUCUGUCAUCGUUGCCGCUGGUGCAUCAGCUGCCGAUGUCAGGAGCGCAACACCGGUGGAAUUACUAUCAGCUGUGCGGUUGGCAUAUAGUGAUACCUUUGACCGUGUCAUGUAUCUCGCCACUGGUGCCGCAUGUGGCGCCUUUGUGUUUGCAACAGGGAUGGGCUGGGUACGGAUCAACAACAAGAAGGACGAUUGA